AUGUUCCGCCCGCCAUCUGAAUCGUUUGUCACGGAGUACGCCAAGUCCAAUCGCUCCACUUGCAAGGGCUGCGAUACGAAGAUUGCAAAGGACACCGUCCGCAUUGGCAAGACAAAGCGCGACCAACGCGGCUAUGAGACGACUUCCUGGUGGCACGUCGCGUGCGUGUCGCGCAAGCCCGAAGGCAACCCCGCCGUCCGCGAAGCCAACGUGGCGGUCAUCCCGGGGUUUGCAACCCUCUCCGCAUCUGACCAGAGCCUGCUCGUUGCGUGGGCAAAGGGUGACGCGGUGCCAGUCCACGCAGCCGUCUCCACGGCAAAGGAGGAGGCCGACAAUGCGUUGGCGGUCGUCAAGAAGACGGAGAAGGCGCCGAUCGGCAAGACCGUCAAGAAGCCAGGUUUGUCAAAGAAGUGCGUCUUCUGCAAGAACUUUGGGGGCCGAUGGGCUGCUGAGGGCUGGACCAUCGGCAACGCUGGGGAACACAUGCACAACCUCUGCCUCAAAAAGCACCGCGGGCGGUGCAUUGGGUGCGACCGCUGUGUCGGCUACUUUUGA